AAACAUGUUGCUGCACCAUCAGCUGCCACGUACACCGCUUGUCGGACAAUUAAUACUAUAAAAACCUAUUAAUGGAUGUGUGUGUGUGUGAGAGAGAGAGAGACAGAGAGAGAGAGAGAAAUCAAAUAUGAGUAGCAGAGAGAAAAGAUGGUCUCUUCAGGGAUUGACUGCUCUUGUUACUGGUGGAACCAAAGGGAUUGGGUAUGCUAUAGUGGAAGAAUUGGCAGGGCUAGGUGCAACUAUUCAUACUUGUGCUCGGAAUGAAGUUGAGCUCAACGACUGCUUGAGGCAAUGGGGGAAGAAGGGUUUUCAAGUCACUGGUUCAGUGUGUGAUGUGGUGUCAAGAACCCAAAGAGAGGAGCUUAUAAACAAAGUCUCAUCAUUGUUUGAUGGAAAACUUAACAUCCUUAUAAACAAUGUGGGAACUAACAUAGCAAAACCGACAACGGAGUACACAGCUGAAGAUUACACAUUUCUUAUGAGUACCAAUCUUGAAUCUGCUUAUCACUUGUGCCAACUUGCACAUCCUUUGCUCAAAGCUUCAGGAGCCGGUAACAUUGUUUUUCUGUCUUCUGUUGCUGGUGUGGUUUCAGUGGAAGUUGGAUCUAUAUAUUCUGCCACUAAAGGAGCAAUGAAUCAAUUAGCCAAAAACUUGGCAUGUGAGUGGGCAAAAGAUAACAUAAGGACUAAUAGUGUUGCACCUUGGUUCACCAAAACUCCCCUCGCUGAACAUUUUCUCAGCCAAGAAGAAACUUUGAAGAUCAUCAACUCUCGAACACCGUUAGGACGCCCUGGAGAGCCAGAAGAGGUGUCAGCCUUGGUGGCAUUUCUAUGCCUCCCGGCAGCCUCUUACAUAACUGGCCAAACUAUUUGCGUCGACGGAGGGGUGACUGUGAAUGGCGUCCUCUUCCAAGGAGCAUGACUUGGAAAUGGUUCUCUUUAUGUAUACAUAUCUACUAGUAGGCAGACACUCGAGGUCAGAUAAAAACCAAACUGAUCCAUCUAAUAAAGUGAGUGUGUUGUAAUUUUAUGUAAAAAUGAGGAGGCAUCAAUGUUUUAAUAAAUGUGAUGAUAAGAUGAUGAAUGAUCACUUGGUACAGUGGGAGGAACUCAAUUUUUAUUUUUUUGUACGUUUUUUUAA